UACCGACAUGUCAGAUCCGAUUAAUGCCAACCCAAGUAUCUUGGAUGAAAAUGCCAUGCCCACGCGUGCGAUAAAGGGCAAGGCCCCCGUCGUUGACAGAAACAUCCAGGAGCUUUUUGCCUUCUCCCUCCUCCACACAGCUGAGCCAGCGUCCGGCAACGUGCCUGCACUCGUCUCGGAUACAGAAUCCGAGCAAGAAGAGGAGGAUCCGAUCGAUUCCCAAGAGAUCUACGACUUGAUUGCGCACAUCUCCGACCCUGAGCACCCGUUGAGCUUGGGGCUGUUGUCGGUCAUCAACUUGCCGGACAUCCAGGUACACGACUCGGGUGAUCGCAACAGCAUGAGCGAGGUGGUCAUCAGGAUCACUCCCACCAUCACGCACUGUUCACUCGCCACGUUGAUCGGGCUAGGAAUCCGCGUCAGGUUGGAUCGGUGCUUGCCGCCGCGCUUCCGCAUCACAAUCUUGAUCAAGGAGGGCACUCACCAAAGUGAGAACCAGGUUAACAAGCAAUUGAAUGACAAGGAGCGGGUAGCCGCCGCGUGCGAAAAUGACCAGUUGUUGUCUGUGAUCUCGCAGAUGUUAGCGACGUGUAAGUAAGCGAUGGGUUUGCGUUCUGUAUCAUAUUUGUAUUUUAAUUUUCCAGCCUACUUUAAUUGUAGUUGGGUAAUUGGAGGAUUGUUUUCAACGCUGUAGCAAACAAAGUGUCCGCUUUGCAGUGCCUUAAACCGUUGGUGCAAUAUUAUACCCAUCUAAAUGAAUUAUCAGCUUC